UGGAUGCCGACACAUCCAUGUGCCUAUUCUGGUGUAUUCAGUGUGUUUUGCGUUCAUUUGUCCGGGGCUCCUGUAGGCUGGACACACCCGCUCUCUUUCGCGCCGUCCCGCCGUCGAACCAGUAUCUGGGCCCAAAAAUGGACGGCCGGGUGCGUCAUCCACCGCUCCCAGAGCAUGACUUUGGCUGCAAGGAUGCCUGAAUCAUGCAGCCACUGGAGCAGCACAGCAUUAGGUGCAUGGUCGUGCCCAAUGGGACUCCUGACGCUCUGUCGGAAGGGCUGCAAGCGUGCAAUGCACAUGGUCAAAUCACUGAGUUGCGAGAGCGGAUCUGCCCGUUCCCAGAACCCGAUUUUGCGUGCGUUACAUGGUAAGCUCCCGUCUGACAGACAUUUGUAA